AUGAACUUAUUAUUGUCAAUCUUUGGAUCAUGUCUUCCAUGUAUCCCAUCCCUAUCUACCCCUUCAAUCAAGUUCAACAAUGCAAGCUACUACAUAGUUAGACUUCUUGGUGAAGGUGGAUUCUCAUACGUUUAUCUAGUCCAUCUGUCGUCACAAUCUCCCUUCGCUUUGAAACAAAUCAACUGCCCUUAUGGAACUCAAGACGAAACUUAUAAGAACGCUAUACGAGAGAUUAAAAAUUACCAUCGGUUCGCCAAUACCAAGACCCCUUACAUUGUUCAGUCAAUUGAUGAGUCAAUCGUAUCCAGUCCAGAUGGAGUAAGACACGUGUAUAUAUUGUUACCGUAUUUCACAAAAUCAGUUCAGGAUAUAUUGACUGAACAUGUCCUCAAUGGAACUAAGAUGGAUGAGCUGGAGAUUCUCAAGAUUUUCGUAGGUGUCUGUCGUGGGUUGAGAAUAAUGCACAAUCACAAACAAGUAUCAAGAAACACAGCUGUAAGGCUCGAUGAUGAUGAUGGCGACGAAGAGGAAGCUCUUUUACAAGAUGAAGAAGAUGAUGAACAAGUAGCAGCUGCAGCUGCAGCAACAGUGUCAACAGCACCACCAGCUGACGGUGCCACUGAAAUGGAGGAGUUGGUACCCUACGCUCAUCACGAUAUAAAGCCAGCAAAUGUAAUGAUUUCAGCGGAAGGAUUACCGGUAUUGGUAGACUUGGGUUCGUGCUCAAGAGCUAGGUACCAUGUACGUACCCGACAACAAGCUUUGGCUUUGACCAAUUUUGCUCAAGAGCAUUGUACGUUACCUUAUAGAGCACCUGAGUUGUUGGACGUUACUACUGGUUCACAUAUUACUGAAGCGACAGAUGUUUGGUCUUUGGGUUGCUUGCUCUACAGUUGUUGUUUUGGAUACUCGCCAUUUGAGAAAUUGGAAAUGGAGCAAGGUGCAAACUUGCAUGUUGCUAUAGGUCAAGGGAGGUACCAAAUACCAAAGGGAAACAAUGGAUAUAGUAAUGAGGUGAUUGGGUUGAUUAAAAAGUGUUUGCAAGUUGAUGCCUCUGAUAGGCCAACAGUAGAUCAACUUCUCGAUGAAGGUUUGGAUAUCACUAGUAAGCUAUCGGUAUAA